AAAAAAAAAAAUUCACCUCAGGUCACUCGCCUAAUGCCUACAUAGUACCAAGACUAUUUGCUUUGGUUUUUGUUUACCUUCUCAAGGCUUUUAUUGUUAUUAUUUUUUUGUUUCUUCUUCGCCAUCUCUUUUGACCGACUCUCUUCAUUCAACAACUUAUUAUUGCAUGUUUUAAAGACCCAAGACAAAACAAAAACAAAAUCAAAAAGCCAAACUGAAUCUCUUUCCUGAGAUUCUUUUGAUCUUUGUUGAUAGGUUCUUUCAAGUUCUUAAGUUAACUCAUGUAAAGGAUUGUGUUUCUUUGUUGGGUUUCUUUCAAUGGGACCCAUUAGAGGGUUCAAGAGAAGAAAGAAAGCAUCAGACAAGAAGGUGGUUGACCAGAAUGUCUUUCCUUUUUCUGCUACUGUUGCUUCUCCUUUUGGGUCUCAACCUCAGCCUUUGGAUUGGUGGGAUGAGUUUUCCAAGAGGAUUUCAGGUAUUAUGAUAGCAUUUGUUUCUCUACAGUUCUCAAUGUUUAAGGCAUUUGAUUGUAUUGUUUUCUGUUUUUAUACAUUACGUUUUCCUGCUGCUUGAACUUUUAUGUAAUGAUUAUUAUAAGGGUUAUCGGCUUUGCUUUAUGUUUAAUGGAAUUUCAUGACUCGGGUCUAAUUGGGUUUCAGUCAAUUUGGUUGAAUUUAUAUAACAUGGCUGGUGAAUGGGAAUGGUACAAGAUAGAGCAUUGCUGGUUUACAUUCUUUGCAAGUUGCAAGUUUGAAAUUUUAUGUAUUUGGUAUUUUGCUUUUGUGGAUUGUUUGCAGUGCUGGGAAUUUGAUUAUCCUUUACAUCCUUUGGGCCGUGUCCUAUGCAGUGUUCCGAGAGGCAAUUUGUUCGGUUUUUAUUUUAAACUGUUUCUGAAAAAAUUUCAGAUUAGGACAUGAGUUAAAAUAUAGCUUUAGUGAGUAGAUUGAUGUUUUGAGGUAUUUUGGAUAUAAUGCACAUGCUAAAUAUUCCUUAAUAACUUAGUAUGCAUUUCAUAGUUCAUGUUUUGUCUGCCUGUGAUUUUAAGCUUUUGUAAAUUAUAUUCAUCAAUGGUAAUCAUGACAAGCAUUGUAUUUUUCAAGGGCAUCUGGACUUGAGUCAGAUCUACAUUUUUCUAGUUGGAUUGAAUCCUGUAUCAAGAGUUUUUUUGUUUAUAGGCUAGGUAAAAGUUGAACUCUGAACCUAAAAAUUUUAUCCUAUUUCAGUAUGUGCAUCUCAAAGGCUAAGAAAUGGGUCUCCCAAGCUCUAUCUUAAUCUUUUACAUUCGUUACAGAUGUUGCUUUCAUAUACAAUCCCUCUUUAUUGACUUGCAAUCAGAUGAGUGAUAGCCAUCUUCAAAUCAUUUCUUAUUGCAAAACAUCUUGUCAUUUUGAUUGAAACUUGGUUUUGUUUGUAUGAAGUAGUCUAUUAAGUGUCCUAUGAAGAAGGGACUUUAUGUACUUUGAGAGCAUCUUAAAACUAGGUUCAACCUACAGCAGUAUAGAUAGAGUGGUCUUAUUAUAGAAGCCUUAAUGACAAGCAAUUUACGUUAGCAUAUGACCUUACACAGAGUGUAAAGGCCAGGAACAGCUGGAGGGUGGGCAAAUUAUAUUGUCAUGGAGUAGUUUGGCUGAUAUUCUUCAACCAUGUUGACAUGAUUCUUAUUCAAGCAACCCUGAAUAUCGGGAAGCAUAAAUCGAAUAGCAUCAAUGAAUGUUUUUGAAUAUAGGAUGAUCAAGGUCAUAAUUCAUUAACAUUUUGGACAAUGUAGUCAUUAACAAAAAUGAAGAAUGUCUUAACAUGCUUUGAUUGUUUAGCAUCUUUGUUUUCCCCCCCUUUGGAAUAACAUCUUGCACAUCUAAAAGGGUAAACAAGCUAUUAUUUUUCUCAAGAGUUUAGCUUGAAAUGAUUGAACCAUAGCUUUUCUUAACAAAGCAUCAGUGCAUCGUUCAAAUAUUUGAGUUUUUUUUUUUUUUUUUAAGCAGAGUUUUGAGUUUUAGGUGAUAAGAACAUCUCACGCUACAACGUGAACAUAAAUCAACUUUUAUCCUUCCAACCCAACCACUUAGGGCAGCCAGAAAAAUAUAAUUUCCAAAAAAUAAUUUUUUAAGAUUUUUUUAUAGUGAUUACAAUUAUUUCCUUCAUGAAAUGGACUGUUGGUCAAAAAAGAAAAGUGAUCAUUAGAGAACAAAAAAUAACACCUCAAACCUGAUUAAGUUUAUUUCAGUUUUAUUAUAUCAAGCGAGUUUCGCAAUUGAACCUUCACUAGUCACCACCAAAAGAAAAGAAAAAAGAAAAAGGGAAAAAGAAAAAGGAAAAUUCUAUUGAUGACAUGCAGUAUCACAUACCAACUGUAUCAAACUGCAGGGAAACAAACCGUAGAAAAACUCUACCCCAACAAAACCCCAAACUCAUCUCACUCAAAUCCAAAAACCCUACAAAAAACUUCUAAAAGGCAUCUAGGAUUGAGGCUUCAUGACAAAAUUUGAUGCCAAAGAUAUCCAGGACAAAAGGUUCUGGUUUGUUUAUUUCCUCAUUGGUUGGGCUGCUGCUCUUCAGAGGCAUAUGAUGUGGCUGCAAAGGCAGGACUCUUUCAAGCAAAAAUUUGCUAAUGGUGAUGAACAAGAAUACUUGUCCCAAAGUUGAAAUCUUUUUAUUCAAUCAGGAAUCAGCAAAUGGUUUUUUUUUUUUUGUGGAGUGAAUUUUGAAGUUCAAGAAGAUUUAGUAUUGGUGAGAUUCAUCGAAAUCUGUAUGUAAAGUAGCAAUUUCUUUUUUUUUUUUCAAUUUAUUUCUACAUGUCAUAAUACUUGUACUCUGGAAUUUGAAUAUCUGAAUUGAAAAUAAUUGGGCAGUCUCUAUGAAUUGAUUGGUUUGUCUUGUAAGUUGUAAGUGCUAUUUUGUUUAUGUGACUGCUUGGAAUAAUGUAGGAUGUUUAGGUUCUAAUAUUUAAAUGGUGAGUUUAUUAAGAUUGUUCGGUUAAACCUUGGAAUUGAAAAUGCAUGGAACAAUGUAGGAAUAGUAUGCGUGGAAAUUUGAAUAAAAACAAAUUGAUGUUACAAAUUUAAUGAUUGUAGAUUGCAGGUGUGAUUAUAGUAUUUAAUGCUAAACUGUCAUAGAUAAAUUCAGUUCUAAUGACAUCAUGUUGAUUGAUACUAUAAGUUGUGAAGUAUGGAACUGGUUCAAACAUGUAGACCAGGCACGCUCAUGUCAACGCUUGGUUGCCAAUUGUGUAUGUAUUGUUUAAUGGUUUAGAUUUUCUUCUUGACGAGAGAUAAAAUUGAAAAUGGCUGACAUUC